AUGGCGGACCACACUGAAGUACUUCAAGCCAUCCACAGAUCUUCUCAUGUUCGUUAUCCAGUUCUGACACCCAACAUGCAUGGCUUUCAGGAUGCUGUAAGCGUUUCAUUAUUCAUGCAAGAAAUCACACUCUUUAAAAUUAACAGAUAUCUCCCCAGGCUCCCCCGAUACGACUACCGUUAAUAUGUAUAGUGCUACACUACCGGUCAAAAGUUUUAGAACACUCAUUCAAGGGUUUUUCUUUAUUUGUACUAUUUUCUACAUUGUAGCAUAAUAGUGAAGACAUCAAAACUAUGAAAUAACACAUAUGGAAUCAUGUAGUAACCAAAAAAGUGUUAAACAAAUUUUAUAUUUGAGAUUCUUCAAAAAGCCACCCUUUGCCUUGAUGACAGCUUUGCACACUCUUGGCAUUCUCUUAACCAGCUUCAUGAGGUAGUCACCUGGAGUGCAUUUCAAUUAAAAGGUGUGCCUUCUUAAAAGUUAAUUUGUGGAAUUCAUUUCCUUCUUAAUGCGUUUGAGCCAAUCAGUUGUGUUGUGACAAGGUAGGGGUGGUGCACAGAAGAUAGCCCUAUUUGGUAAAAUACCAGGUCCAUAUUAUGGCAAUAACAGCUCAAAUAAGCAAAGAGAAACGACAGUCCAUCAUUACUUUAAGACAUGAAGGUCAGUCAAUAUGGACCAUUUCAAGAACGUUUCUUCAAGUGCAGUUGCAAAAACCAUCAAACACUAUGAUGAAACACACUUAACCAGCAUGGCUGCCACAGCAUUCUGCAGCGAUACGACCUCCCUUCUGGUUUGGGCUUAGUGGGACUAUCAUUUGUUUUUCAACAGGACAAUGACCCAACACACCCCCAGGCUGUGUAGGGGCUAUUUUACCAAGAAGGAGAGUGAUGGAGUGCCACAUCAGAUGACCUGGCCUCCACAAUCCCCCGACCUCAACCAAAUUGAGAUGGUUUGGGAUGAGUUGGACCACAGAGUGACGGAAAAGUAGCCAACAAGUGUUCAGCAUAUGUGGGAACUCCUUCAAGACUGUUGGAAAAUCAUUCCAGGUGAAGCUGGUUGAGAGAAUGCCAAGAGUGUGCAAAGCUGUCAUCAAGGCAAAUGGUGGCUAUUUUAAGAAUCUCAAAUAUAAAAUAUAUUUUGAUUUGUUAAACACUUUUUUGGUUACUACAUGAUUCCAUAUGUGUUAUUUAAUAGUUGUGAUGUCUUCACUAUUAUUCUACAAUGUAGAAAAUAGUAAAAAUAAAGAAAAACCCUUGAAUGAGUAGGUGAUCUAAAACUUUUGACAGGUAGUGUACAUCAAAGCUGAGAGUACACUUUAUGCCUGAGAUUAAUGGAAACGAUUUACAGUGAUUGUUUGUUGCAUAAUGUUACAUGUACAGAAUCGAUCUCUGUUGCAACUUCCUUCUGUCCUGUUGAAGGUUGCAGCUGGUGCUACUGAAGUGGCCGUGUUUGGGUCUGCCUCUGAGACCUUCAGUAGGAAAAAUAUAAACUGCUCUAUAGAUGAGAGCAUUCUGAGGUUUGAGGAAGUCAUUUACGCUGCCAAACAACAACAGAUUCCAGUCCGUGGGUUUGUAUCAUUUCUCACUUCUUCACCAGAGUAAAACGAUUUUACUUUAAUAUCUUACAUUCAUUCCAUAGGCUAUAUAGCUGAUGUUAACCAUGAACAAUGCAACAUGCAAUUCCUUUGCUCAAAUUACAAUCAAGUUAUCUGUGCAAGAGUUGAUGUUGAUGAUAAACAAAAUAGUUUGUUCAACAUGUGUGUUCACUUCGCAGGUGUGUUCUGAAAUACUGUAUGUUUACGUUAACAAUUUGAGACUUUGAAAAAAUAAACUACAGUAAAAUGUUUCAUAGGCCUAUUGUUACUCUCUCUAUUAGCAAAGGAACACAGAGUUAAAUGACUCCAGAAAUAAUAGUUUAAUAAGCGAAGUUCCAGAUGUGCACUGCAUCGCUCUAUGUGUUACUACAACUACAAGUCCAGAUGUACAGUACAGAACUGCUGACAUGAAGCAUGUUUAAAUUCAGCGGUACAGUAGCACCCCUUUUAGCCAAACAACGGCACAUUGACAUGACAACGCAUCAGUUUGACACAGGCGUUCUGGCAAAUGUGACUUAAUGCCUGCUGUUGGAGAUGGUUAGGGCAGAACUCCCUUCCCUGGAGUCCAGCUAGAACUUGCUGGAAAUUCCGGUUGCAAACUGAAGUAUCAUCUAACGACCGAGAGCCCAAGAGAAACAUUUUCUACUUUUCACAUGUUGUCCGCUAUUUCAAGCGGUGAACGUUUCCUACACAUAUGGAAUAGACAUAUAGUUUGACUUCAUCCCCUGCAUCAUUUCUCAUUAAUACUGUCAACAACAUAAGGAACAUAUAACAAAAUAUUCAACACCAAUUCGAUAUAAAAUGUGAAGUCUAUAUUGCACUGGCAGUUAGUGGCUAGUGAAUCGAGCAAAAAGACCUGUUCAUUUUAUGCUCUACCUUAAUUCUAAUGACAGACAGAAUAAAUUAUGAGUUUUUGACAGGAGAGAUAUUACAUUUCAGUACAAUUCACUUUGUGACAUUUGCCAAAGUUUGCAUGUUUAUGACCCAUGUAUUAAUAUAUGCCAUGUGUGUUUAUGACCCAUGUAUGUUUUCUUUUAGAUAUGUUUCUUGUGCACUAGGAUGUCCAUACGAGGGACCCAUUGAUCCCACUAAAGUUGCAGAGGUAAGACACAACUUCUGCAUUGUCUACUUUAUAUGUGUACAUGUAAUCUAAACAAUGUCAAAUCUCCAUAAGGAUCGUUUUUAUUUUCUAGACAAAGAGAAAACAUUCAAAUGUCUGUAAUGCUGUAGCUAUGAGCUCCUGUCUGUUUCUCCUGUAUGUCCAAGGGACUUGUUUUGUUAAGUUGCUCUAUUCUUGGCUGUAGGUGGUGAAGAGGUUGUAUGAACUGGGCUGCUAUGAGGUGUCUCUGGGGGAUACUAUCGGUGUGGGGACCCCAGGCUCCAUGGCCAAGAUGUUACACAGCGUCAUGAAGGAGGUACCCAGCAGCGCUCUGGCCGUUCACUGCCAUGACACCUACGGCCAGGCCCUGACCAACAUCCUAACUGCACUGCAGGUAACCACUGACAGUAAGGCGCAAUAUGGUUUAUGUCAAUCAUGUUAUUUUUUGGAGACCCUGAUAAACUAA